AUGUUACAGUCAGUGUUAUGUACCGUCGUGUCACCUGAAUGCCAUUACGGACAGCAGCUCGCUCAAAAUAGAGCCAACUUUGUGCAGGAAACUAACGCAAUUGGUCCUCUUUUUAGGCAGAAAUACAUGAAUGCGGAACUCAUUUCAUUUUCUGAUGGGAAAGAAACAGUUGCUAAAGCAGCUAAUUUUCUUUUUGAGAAGCACUAUUCAAGUUCCAAAGCAGAGAAGCUGAAUCUGAUAGAAUCUGACAUGGCUAAAGCUCUUACAUAUAUAGGAUGUCGAGGAACAGAACCCGAUCUCCUGGUGAUUUAUCGGCCUACCCGAUGUCAGCUAGGCUUCCCAGCUUGGAGAAUGAGUCAUACUGAGAUUGUGUGA